AAUCUACCAAUUAACUUGAAAUCCAGACGCGAGAAAGAAGUUUUAGUUCACCGACCGCAUUGUUUUGCCGAUAGUUUUUGCUUGUGUUUCAUGGCAAGAUAAUGAGAACUCUAUAUAAUCUAUCACGUCUAGAUCAAACUGGAGUUGGGCCCGCCCACGAAGCUCGCAGUGAGAAACUUUGACACUCAGGCGACUUCUGCGGCUCCUCCGGGUCCAGAACGGCGUUCCUGGAAUGUUGGAUGAAGGCUAUUAUGUUACCCCUGGCACGGGCCAGGUCCUGUACGUGGAGAGGACCACGGUCGAAGGCUCCUCCGGGACCGAAGCAACAACACUUGCACCGGAAGAGGCAGACAGUGGCGUGGCCAUGGUCAAGCGGCAUUUUGUCGGGAAGUUCGAGAUACCGGUGGACGGAACGGUCUCCCCGCAUUGGAGACGGCUUUGCCGUCACCCCGACCUACACCACGUCAGGGAUCUAAAGGCCAAGUUCAAGGCGACACGUGACAUGUCGACACGGUACUGGCUGUCCACUUUCUCGGGAUCACGCCGCAGGCCUUUCGAAUUCUGCCUGACGAGAUCGUCACAUACACCACUUGUGUCGGCAU